AACUGUCAUCCUGCACGGCUAUAUCUAUAAUACUAGAUAUUUGGUGAUGUAAGAGUAUGGUCGGUUACAUUGGCUUUACUUGUUCUGGAGUAUUGAAAACAUAUGAGCCGUUCAGGUGCUUUCUAGCAAUUAGACAAGUCAAAGGGAAACAUACUGGUGAAGCAAUUCUUAAUGAAUAUGAAGAUGUCAUACAGGAGGGGGAAAUUCCAGUUUCAAAGAUCGUUCGAGUCGGUACAGACGGAGGAAGUAACAUGAUACGCGCGUUUAAUAUUAAAUUCCCAACCAAUCAGUCUGAAACUCUCAUUCAGUCAUCGGUUGAACAAGUCGAGUGCUCCGAGCCUGAUCCCAAUCCCUUAAUCAAUAUCCCAGAUAGCGAACGUAUGGUGGACAUUGAAAUUGAGCUUGACGACGAUAGUUCUUUGUGGGGUAGAAUUUAUGAUAUUCAGUUAUCAUGUCAAGAAAUGGAAGAGGUUUUCGAUCAGAUGAAUGAAGAAGAAGAACUAGAAAUGACGGAGGUUGAAAAGUCGUUGCAAGAUAGUUUCUUUGACGUUGGUAGAAGCAACCAUGACUUUAUGCAUUCGCAACAUGUUCUUCUAUCGACACACCUUCGCGCGCAUUGUAUUGCACAUUUAUUACAACUUGUCAUCAAGGAUGGGCUCAAAGCAAUCAGCAGUGCUGUAGUCGAUGCCAUUGAUAAAGCUUUUAGUAUCAUUGGUGCGGUGCGCAGGAGUGUGAAUGACACCGAAAUCGUGUAUAAUGCAACAAAAUUACAUCUUCCAGCCAAAAAUGCUACACGAUGGAAUUCUCAAUAUUACGCAAUUAAGGGUCUGCUACGGAUAUGUAAAAUCGACCCCUUGAUUCAGACUAAGUUAAAUGCGACACAAGACAAAUCACAUCGUCUGACGAGCAGGAUGAUUGCUAUUCUGAAAGAGUUGGUCCUGAUUUUAGAGCCUUUUCAAGAAGCUACAGAUGAUCUACAGGCCGAUUACGAGACACUUGGCAACGUAAUCCCUGCUUAUUUGGACCUAAUUAAUAAAGUUAGUUUGACACGGGAGGAAGACGACGGAACUGUUAUCAAGAAUCCAAAAAGCCCUUUGGCCGGAAAAAUUCAUCACUGUGCAGAUCUGGCUGAGGCUCUGAAAAAAUCGCUUGAAUCUAGAAUGUCAUUUGUCUUACAAGACACGUUUUAUGUGCUAGGUGCCAUUCUAGAUCCUCUUUUUAAGGAAUGCUGGAUCUCUACAACUGCAAUGUCAGAUUACGCUCUCCUAGAUAGCGUCAGAUUUGAACUGACGUACAGAUAUUCAAACCUGAAGGACGGUGAAAAUGCAUCUCGCAGUCAAGGCAAUGAGGAAGAAGGAGCGACUAAUAAAGAAAGUGGUCCAACACCCAGCAAGAAAAAACGCAAUUUGUACAGCACAAUCAAUGCUACAGAAAGGCCCCCUUCAGCUGGAAGUUCUCAAAUUCUCGAAGAAUUUGAAGUCUAUCUGAACGAGAAAACCAUCCCUAUGCAACAGGAGGAUAUUUCUGGUGUCGUAACACCAACAAGAUCACUUAAAUAUUGGAGUCAAAAUGCUCAUCGUUUUCCUUAUUUGUCAUGUGUUGCUAGAAAUAUCUAUGGUUGUCCGGCGUCAUCUGCCAGCAUUGAAAGAGUUUCCAGUACUGCCAGUGAUAUUUUAACGGCAAAGCGAAUGCGAACUAAAGCUGGUCUGUUUGAAAAGUUACAUUUUCUGAAACAUAAUUCAAAGUUGAUCAAUAACCCUGUUGAAUCUCAUUGA